UGCUGAAUUCCGGUCGAUGCUAAUUCUGCUUCCAGGUGUAUGUUUUUUCGGUGACCGGAUAAUAUUGUUUUGGAAACAACGCGCAUCGCGCCGUUUUUUUGUUGUUUGUAAGCGUAGCACACUCUCCCGCUCAUGAGAUACCCGCAGCGCUUGGUUUAUCGUAGAGAUCAAGACGAUUGGUGGGUGUGUGUACGUACGUGUGUGUGUGUAAGAGAAACUGGCAUUGUUUUCCGCGGCAAAACUUAUGCUGUGUAUAUUCCAAGGCGUUGUGGACUUGUGGAAGGGUAGGGUGUAUGUUUGAUGGCAACAGAACGAAGCUAACAAACGGCAUUCCAGCGUGAGGCGUUCGCUCCCUUUACUCCCCGCCAGUUCUUACUUGGCACGCCGUCUCUAAUGUUGUGUGUUUAUCAGUGAAACAGCAGCCCAGCGGAAAGUGAUGCGUGUUGUAUGAAAACCAUAUCAGAUCUAAUCUGUAGUAGCCUAUGAAACACAGUUGUCGAGUGUACUAUAGUUAGCCGCUUAAUUACGUUGCCAAACACAACGAACAAGAGUAGAGUGCAAAUUUAUAACCCGCAAUGGAUAACCGUGGCCGUGCAAAAAGGAUGUCGACCGUGGUGACAGCUGCAGCAAGCAGCAGCACGACCAGCGCAAAGGAAACGAAUCCAGUGUCCGCCAACAAUGUGGAGAAGAAGAAAUCGGGACGCAAAUCUCUGGCCGUCACGGCUGCCGCUCGUAAACGGUCGCCAUCGCCCCCAAAGCGUAAACCAUCGCCCGCACGAAGAGCCUCACCCGCUCGCCGGGCUUCACCGGCACGCAGGGCAUCACCGGCUCGUAAAGCUUCUCCGGCACGGAAAGCUUCACCGGCCAGAAAACCGAAAGCUGCCACCGAUACCGCCGCAACAACCACCGCCACGAAAGCGACCGAAUCGGUGAAAAUAUCACCCGAAGAACCGAGACGUUCGCAGAGAAUCCGCGCAUCGGAGGAAAAGGUGGACACUGUGCUGCAGUCGUUAAAAAAAUCCCCCGUCGACAAGCGCCUGUCGGUAAUUAAAGACGACGCGGAAGUGAGCGGUAUUAUGGGCGGUAGAAGUGGCAGCACCCUAAGCAGGAGUAUGACACCGAAUGUAAGUCACCGUUCGCAUGCGAUCACCCCGACCACCGGGACGGAACGUAGCCGAGCGACGGUAUCGCGUUCGAUGAGCGUCCUGCAGGAUUACUCGGACCACGAGGAUGAUGCCGACUUUCAAAGUUUCCGCCGGACGAACGAUAACGGCAUCGGGGACAAGGCACGCUUCACCUCGAGACACAUGCAGCAGCAACACGAGCAACAGGUCGAAUUUGGCGGUGCGCUCGGUGCCACUGCAAUGUUGUUUGCCUUACCGCUGUUCAUGUUCGUCACGAAUCACUUCUGUUCCGGUGUUCAUCGCGAUUGCCGGUUUGUGGUUCCGAACAGUUGGGCCGAAUUUAGUACGCUCUCGACGUACGUGAACAAAGAGAUCGCUACGUUCUACGGGGUGUUUGUGUUCGGUGUAGCCUUACUGACAGGAUUACCGGUCGGCAAGCAAGUGACUCUCACGAACGAAUCGCAUCAACCGGGCACCCAUAUCUUCAACGGAAUGCUGGUAGCGUUCGGCGCAACACUGACCGUUUUUGUGACGGAGUACUGCUACAAGUAUCCCCUACUGUCCGUGCUGAGCCGUGGAUACAAUCAGCUGCUAGUGCUUAGCUUACUGACAGCAUUGCUUGUCGCUUUGUUCGCUUUCGUUAAGUCGCGAAAUGUGGCAACAUUCGAGUUAAACCGCUACGGAAAAACUGGAAACUUCCUAAUCGAUUACUUUGCCGGCCGUCAAAUCGAUCCGACUGUACUGAGCGUUUUCAAUCUGAAACUCAUCACCUACCACGUGUCGAUGAUACUCGCACUACUCUUCAACGGCAUCAUCCUGUACCGUAAUCUGCACUUUGCCGCUCUCCCAGAACAGCUGGUCGAUGCGCCAGUACAGGAGCGAUUGCUCUACUCGCUGCAGAAUUGUAGCUGCGAACCGGUUCCGGUUGCUGCCGCCGGUUUAACCGUACUGUAUCUACUGGAUUUGCUCGCCUAUGAACACCAUCUGGCCGCUUCGUUCGAACUGCAGCAGGAAGGUUUCGGUGCUCUAUUGCUGCUACGUUACGCCAUGUUCCCGUUCCUGGUGACCCUGCUGCCGAAGUAUGUCGCUGCGCAUAAGCUGACCAACGUUCCGCUGUGGGCCGUCGCUGUGUGCGUUACGAUCGCAUUGGUCGGAUUGUUCGUGAAACGAGCCUCGAUGCGGUUAAAGUAUCUCUACCGAUUGAACCCGCUGGGUGAAAAGGUUGCAUGUUUGGAAACGUAUCCCACCUUCCAGGGACGAAGAUUGCUGGUGGCGAAAUGGUGGCGCAUGGUUCGCCAACCGAACUACGUCGGUGAUGUGUUGCAAAAUGUCGCGCUGCUACCUUUGCUGUAUUGGCGCUUUGCAUGGCCACCGUUGCUGGCUGUUCUGUUCACGGUAGUUCUUCUGGCACAUCGUGCAAAACGAUUGCAUCGCCGCAACGCUGAAAAGUACGAUUCAUCGUGGCUCCGCUACUGUCACACUGUUCCGCAUUUGCUUGUUCCCCGCGUUUACUAAACAUCCUUUCACUUUAUGGUUUAUGUGCAAAUUUGAUCCCACCUUACCUCUAUCUAUCUCUCUCUGUCUUGAGCUUACAAAUAGUAAACUCCCCAUCGGUGUUUAAUGUGUUUUAUCCUGUUUCAAUUGUAAAAAGGUAUUCUCUUUCCGAUUCCGUCCAUUCGUCGUCUGAUGGACGGUUUUGCACCAGAGAAUUUUUUCGGAUUUAUGUUUAGUAUGUAGUAUUUUUUUUUUUCAUCAUUAUUUGGUCCAAAACAUUGUGCGACUUUUAAUUUAUGUUUUGAGAUUUGUCUUUGCAAUAAAAACAAUACAAACGAGUGCUAAUUUAAACGGUCUGCAAAAUGUUAGCUAAAUUACGAACAUUGCGCGUACACAGGAUAAGUUCAAAACAGCUACUAGAAACAAAACGUAGAUAUAAGCGUAGCAAAGAGGCAAAGUUCGGCAUUUUAUAAAAAAAAGUAACAAGAAAUUCAACGGAUAGACUUGUAAGCCAUUAAUGAUAGACGGAAGUAUGGGCAGUUAUUGUAAUUCAAGUUGUAGCAAACAAGAGGAAAAACAACAGCAUGGCAAACAUUGUACAAAAUGUACAAGCGCUGCAGAUAUCAUCGCUAGAGUUUACAAUCAAGCUAGGUCAAUUCAUAAUGGCCCAUUGCUCGACCCAGCUCUCUCGCCCAGCUGCUCUUACUAGGUGUGUCGUUAAGCCCUUCAGCGUAACACUAGCGUAAGGAAGCGUAAUAUUUGGUUUUCGAUGGGCAAUAGAGAUUGCCCACCUUUAUGCAGAUCACAUCAAUAAAAACGGAUGUACUACAGGCAAGCUUCUAAUGAUUUAUCAAAAAGACACAUCGACCGUAAAAUAGUGAAAUCGUUAGUGAAAUUGUACAUUUUUCACGCAUCAGUUCAAAAAUGUAAAAAAAAACAUACGUGAAGGGCUCACACGUGUUGAUUUUUUGCCAAUAGAUUAUUAGCCUGUGAAGAAAUAGAGAUUAAUUAGAUUGAUUGAUAAGGUAUUACAUUUUUAAUAAAACAAAAAAAAAGGAAAA